AUGGGAGCGCCCUCCUCGUCCCGGCCCGCUCCGCUGGGGCGCCGGGUCCGUCCGUGUUCGGGGCCCCGCCGGCAGGCAAGCGCGCCGCGCCGGCCUGACCUCGGGGGAAGCGGACCCCAGCCCACGGCUGGCGCGGCUGUGACGCAUCCACCCCGGGGUCCCUGCGCUGCGCUGCCCGCAGGACGCCCAGGCCGAGCCCGUGCACAAAGCGGGCCCGACCGUCUGCGCGCCGCCCAGCCCGGUCCUCACCCGUGCGCCUCGCAGCCGCUUGUCCACAGCGCGGAGGCCCCGCUCCCGGCUGCUCCCGGCUCCCUCGCCCCGCCGCUCGCGCUCCGACCUCGCCUCCGGCAGCCGACCUGCCUCCGCGCCGCUCGGCCCGCUCCCUACUGGCGGGAGUCCGGAGCUGGCGCGACCGCCUCGAGAGAGAGACCUACACGAAACGCUCCCCCAUUGGCUGCCGCCGGCCCACCUGACUUUGGCGCCUUACGCGCACGUGGAAAUCUGUUGUUGCCGUUUGGGCCCCGCGUCACUUCCGGCACCAGCCUCCAGGGGGUGGGGCUGGAGCCUGAGGAAGCGGAAGUGAGUCGACGAUCUCCUCCCCCCCCACACACACACAUCCUUCCCUGGGGCGCAGCGCCGCGCAGGCGCCGUGGGCUCCUCUGCGCGUACGGGCCUGAGGCCCCGCCUUGGAGUGGCGCGCUGGGCCACGCCCCUCGGGGUCAGGUUGACCCGGGCGUAUUGCUUGGCGUUUGCUGCAAGAAAUCGCUCAGGUCGUACCAAAGACCGGAAGUUGAGGUUUUGUCGAAUUUAAAAAUAUUACCUAGGGAAAAGAUACUUCUGAAAAAAUCUCAGAAGAGAAAAUUGGGAAAUGAGAAAGAAGUGUGCUGAAAAGUUAAGUCUGAAGAAUCAAUUGUAUCAAAUGAAGCAAAGGAAAAUAUUGGUAACAAAGAUGUAUACCAAGAACAUGCAGAAUUACUUGAUUCAUCUGCUCUGGUGAAGCCACCAGCUCCAAGAGCAGAAAGCAUACAAAAUAACUUAUCACCUCUUAAACAAGAUACCUUAAAAACAUCAAUAAAUCAAGAUUUAGAUGUAGUUGGAUUUUGUGCAUCUUCUGAGAAUUGAAAUUCUACAACUAUUGCUUUGAGAUCUUAAAAUUCAGAUGACAUAAUUACUAACCAUCUUGUUAAUCCAAACUUUAUAAAUAAUUUCAUGGAAACGUCAGGUCAGGAAAAUUCAUUCCUCUUCAGCACAGUUGAAGAAUUAAACAUAAAUAACAAAUCUUUUACUGCCAUUUUAAUACCCACAGAAAAUUGUAAACCUGCAGUUAAUUCUUUCAUACCAGCUUCCAAGGAAACCAUGGAAAUUGAAGAUACAGGCAUUGAAGACUCCUUUUAUAAGGGUGUUGAAGUCUUACAUAUUGAACAUUCAUACUGCAGACAAGAUACAAAUAAGGAACAUCUUUGGCAAAAUGUCUCUAACCUAUACUCUAAGAUCACUCUUCUUGAGCUACAAAAACAACAAAUUCCAGGGAGAUUGAUGUCUUUGGAAACUCUUUUAAGCCAACUACAGCAGAAGAACUGGCUAUCUGAAGAAAACAUCAAGAUAACAGAAAACUAUUUCCCAAUGUAUAAAGUCACUGUGAGAUAAAAGUUUUUAAAGCUAUGAUUUUGCAUAAGCUUUUUCCAGCUAAAUCAAAUCAUUUGUGAAGUGAACUUUGUCCGGUAGAUAAAGUCCUUGGAAGCUAUGAAAGUGCUCCAAUGUUACAGACAACAUCCUGUUCUUACAAUGCUCAGUAAAAAAGGGUAAAUGAAAAGAGUUGUUUGGCUGAAGAAAUAGUUUUAUUACUUGAUAAUUUUCCAAUUAUAGUUAAAAUGAUAAAAUUUAUUUAUAAAGUAAUAGGAAAAAGAUGCAGUCAAAAUUGGCCAGACUAUAUCAGUUCUGGUUGUGCUGCCGGCACAAGCUAGUAUAUUGGCCCUCAGAGAGCUGGGGAUGUAGCUCAGUGAUAAAGCACUUGCCUGGUUUGUACAAGGCCUUGGGAGUCAGUCCCCAGGGCUGGAGUCAAUAAAGGAGCCUCAGUCCCUAAUCUGUAAAAUAAGGGCACUUAAUAUAAAAUAUAAAUACCAUUUCUUUAAAGAUACUUUGCUUAGAACAGAUUUUCUAUAUGAUAAUACGUACUUAUGUAAUAGUAAAAGAUGGCUAGACUUUAAUAUUAAUGAUUUGAUUAUUCUCAGUAUCUUUUCUGUGUUGUCUAACUAUUUGGCUAUAGUUACAUACCUAUAAUAUAAAGGGAAAUACUACUAUUAGAAUCUUAGUUUAGUUAAACUCAGCUGUCAAGA